AUGAGCGCCGGCGUGCGUGUACGGCGAGCAACAAAGGCGGGUCCAAGGGUUUCCCUUGAAAAGGGAAUUGAUCGGUUCGAGACGGAAGGCGUGGUGAGAACGGAGGCGGUACAGCACGGCGGGUUGUGGGAGAUUGCAACGGUGAAGAAGACGAGCAUUUUUGGCGGUCAAGGGGCCGGCCGAGUGGAGCGUCGGAUCGAAAUGGCGGUAAAGAAGCCUCAAGUGGUAAACAAGCGAGAGGAGGUGAAGCCCGUCAAGUACAUUGGGGUGGCCCUUGACUCGGACAACGAGGAGGAAGAGGCCCACCCGGUGGACAAGGAGACCCCGACGGAGACGGCAGAGCACGGCGCAAUGGAAGCUGUGGGAGCCGCAGCGGAAGCCGUGGGUACUCUAGUGGAAGGCGUUGAGCAGGGGUGGAGAUAG